CUUCCUUUGGGGAGAGGACUACAAUUCCCAGUGUGCCCCGGGCCCCCGUGCUUUGACGCCAACCCCCCUCAGACCUUAGGAAAGGGAUUCUCCCCAAGAUGGCGGCUCCUGCUUCAAGGGGUUCGGGGGGUGGAGCCUGUGCCCCCACCAGCUCCUUAGGUUAUUGCCUGGCCCAGCUGCAGAGGGGGACCGAGCCAGGGCUGGGCAAGGCCUUGUUGGCCCUCAGGACCCAGCACAUCAAGGAGACGGGAGGCAUUGCUCGUUUCAGGACCCGUGGAGGGCUGGCGCCACUCCUGGGGAUCCUGUCUGGCCCCCCGCGGCCGCGCCGCACUUUGGACCUGGCCCUCAGCAUCCUGGGGAACUGCUGCACCGAAGGGGGCAGCCGCACCCAGGUGCGCGAACUUGGGGGGAUCCCACCGCUAGUUAUUAUCCUGAAGUCACUUGCUGUGGAAAGUAUCCAGAAUCGGACAGCGCGGGCACUCGGCAACUUGGCUGUAGACUCAGAAAAUUGCCAGGCCAUCCAUGAAGCAGGAGCUGUGCCCCAGCUCAUCCAGGUCCUCACCACCUCCCAGGACAGCGAAUGUUUGCAGAGCGUGAUCAGGGCCGUUCGCUACCUAGCCGACACUCCCACGCAUCGUCUUACGCUGGCCCAGCAGGGGGCAGUCCGCCCCGUAGCCAAGCGCUUGGCUUCCUCCCUGGAUGACGGGGCCCUGGUUGCGGCGGCCAUACGUGCCCUUGUGGAGCUGACCAAGGGCUGCAGUCGUGACUGUGCGGAGCAGCUCAGCUUGGGAGGCGGGAUGGGGCCGAUCGUGGCCUUGGCCGGCCAUGAGAAACGGGUCGUGCGGGAGUCAGCGCUUGCGGUCCUCGCCAACCUCUGUCUGCAGGGCAUGCUGAGGCCAGCCAUUGGCAACGCCGGCGGGGUGGAAUUGCUGGUGGGGGAGAUCCGACGACGCAGGGGGGCCGGGGCGCCUGGGGCCUCCCUCCAUCCACUGGUGAAAGCUUUGUGUCUGCUGUGCCGGGAGGCUGUUAAUCGAAGCCGGGUGCGUGAAACCGGAGGAUUGGAGUUGCUGCUCUCCCUGUUGCGGGACCGAUGUCACAGCUCUUCACAUGCUCGCGUGGUGGUGGCUUUUGUGGCCUUUUUCUAUGAUGAGGAAGCCCUGGAGGUGCUGCAGGCUGGAGGGCUGGUGUCCUUGCUGGUCAGCAGGCUGGCAGCCCAGGGCCAGUGGGCAGGCCGAGAACAGGUGGAAGAGGAGGACGAACAGGAAGAUGAGAAAGAGGCGGCCUCGUUUGACUUCCCUGCUGAGGGGCGACGAGGAGAGCAAGCCUUACCCGGAGCAGAGUCUUCCAGCUUUCAGAGUCUCAGAUCCUGGCUUCUUUCAGAAGGUUAUAUUUCCAGCCCAGGAGAUCUUUCUCCGCAAUGGUCUCCUGAUACCACCCUUUCUGAGCUGGAGGUCCAAGGAGAUGUUAGUCCCAGCCAAGAACUACAAGACGAAUCUCUGGGACCUUGCCACAGCACGUCUGGGAUGAAAACCCAUUCUAGAGCGGAAUCUCCCGAUUUCUUACAUUCUCCUUUCUUGGAUUUGCCUCUUGUGGGGCAACCCAGCAUUUCGGAGGCUUUACAUUCAGCAGCGAGAGAUGGCAUUCUUCCAGACCAGAACCUCUGUCCUGCAGCAUUGCCUUUGUUGGCUGAAUCGGAAAAUCUCCAUCUAGAACCUGUCUCGGAGGUUCCACAUUCGGAUGGGAAUCAGGAGCAAAAAACAGCCGGGGCCAGUAAGCAGCAAAAGGAGCUGGGGAUGUCGGAAGUGGCAAAUUUAGAGGAGGAGCUCACUGGAGAUGACGCCUUCAGGCUGCCUUGUUCAUCCAUGUCAGGGGAAAUGCCAAAUUCAGGGAUGAUAAAUCCAGGCAAAGUCGAUGGAAGGGCUGAACAGUCCACUUGGAUUGCGUUGGUAACCAGCCAGAAUAACCCUGGGCCCAGUAACUCCGGCUCCGCUCCAGUGAUCUUGAUUCCAAGCAAGAAUGACCCAAGCCAGCUGUCACCCGGGCCUGUUGCCAGAUCCCCGGCCACAGAGGAAGUGUGUUUGGUCCCUCCAAAGCUGAGUGUUCAGACUCUCCUGAGUUCUCCCGAGGAGUACAAGACGCCGACCUCUUGCUGGAAACGGCGUGCCAGGCUCCGCUCCACCUUUGAGCAAAGCACACCACCUCAGGGGUUGCGCCCUGUCGGCGAGGCUUCAUCUCCCUGGCUCUCCUUAGCCUUGCCCCUCUCUUUCUCCCCGCGCGAGGGUGACCCAGACCUCCAUGCGCCCGAAGCCCCAGCAUUGCUCCUCCUCUCCCGGUUUUCUCAGGCUGAGGAUCCCAGUCGCAGCUUAGUGACGCCGGUCACGCUGCAGGGGCUGUUGCGUUACAUCACCGGGAGCCCUUCUCCUUCCUCUCGUUGCCUUCGGCUGUUGCAUCGUCUCACCUGCAACCCAGCCUGCCUGGAAGCCUUUGUGCGCUCCCAAGGGCCCUCGCUCAUCAGGGCUUGGUUGGUCUUGGGCGUAUCCCCUGAGCAAGCCGCUACUGCCGUCACUAGUGAACCAGAGGAAGAGGAGCCGAGUGGUUUGGACGCUGAAAAGUGUGACCCUGGAAGAUUCAAGGAACUUGGAGAGGCGCUGCUGAUGAACCUGUGCGUGCAAGCAGAGUCCCCCUUUGGCGUGGGGGUUCUCACUCACAUGCUGCUGUCAGGCUGCGAAUCGGACCAAGCAGCCUCCGCACUGGCCCUGCCCCUUAUCUGCCGGAAGGAUUCUCUUUGUCGGAAGCUCCUGUUGGACCUCUCUGGCCUGCGGCUCUUGCUGGGGGUCCUGGUGCGGGAUCCAGACCCCUACUUUGUCUUCUACGCCUCAGACACCCUUUCCCUUCUCCUGAGCUCCCAAGCCCCGGCUCCUGCUUCCAUCUCGUCUCCUGCCCAGAAGCGGCCUCGCCUGGAUUCCCCGUCGCCUUGCCCUUACUCUUGCAGUGUGGAUGAAGGUGGGGCUGACCUGUUCUUUCAGCUGGACUCCGGCUGCAGAGUGCCGGCCUUGCGCCGGGUUGUCAGUGAUGCCUCUGAGGUCUUCCGAGCCAUGCUGAGUGGAGGGUUCGCAGAAGCAUCCCACUCCACCGUGACUCUCCGCAACGUGUCGCCGGAACCCUUCCUGGCUCUCGCGCACUUCCUCCAUGGCUGUCGUGGCAAGCCCUGCCGGGUCUUGGGAGUGCCAUUCCCCCUCCCUUUGGCAGAAGAAAUCCUGGUGGUGGCUGAACAGUAUCUCCUUCCAGAGCUCCAGGCCUUGGUGGACGAGGCCCUGUGCCAAGACUCUCUCCGCCCUGGCACCCUCGGGCAGGUGUACCGCCUGGCCGAGCAGCAGAACCGGCCCCAACUGCUUCGGAACUGUGUGGCUUCCAUCUUCCUCCGGGAGGGGUCCACCCCCACCCGCCGAGCUGCCGCCCUGGCAGAGCUGCUCCGAUCUGUGGUCAAUCCCAGCAGUUUAGCUGCAGAGCUGCUGGGAGUGGUGCUGGACUCUCCGUGGGGCUGUGGCUCGGAGGGGCAGCUGAGCUGAUGGACAGGUCCUCGUGUCUCCUCCCUCCCGGGUCUGACGCACAGCCGAAGCCCCAACGCUGCUGUGGAUCGGGUGAGGGGGAGGGCGGCUGGCGUGUUAAGUGAAUAAAUGGCAAGGUGCUCAGAAAAGGGGAGUCUGGGUCAGUGGAUGGUCCCGUAGCUGUCGGAGCUCAGUCUAGCAGGGAGAAGGAUGUGGGAGCAAGCCCUCCUUGAUCGGUUGGGGGUGAGACGGGGGGGAAAAGGGGGAGGUCGGGUAUCAGAAACGGGGAGUGCCCUACCAGCUGCUAGGCAAACCAACGUGGGUAGAAGCCAUAGAACUCUUAUUUGGGAGCUUUGGGAAUCCUUCUGGUCAAAAAGGGAGUCCUGCUUUUUGGCUGGUUGAAACUCAAAGCGGGAAACCUCGUUGUGGUCCGAGCUAACUGUGGGAAGGACUCAGCUUUGAAUAUAUAGCCUCUGGGGCAGCUCUGUUCCGGUGCUAGAUACUUCAGAGAUGAGCCUCAGAACUGGAGAGCUCCUUCUCCACUCUGCGCAGAAAGGCUUCCAGGAGGCGUCAGAAGGGCGUGGCUGUAACCGAAGGAAACUGAGUCAGGAGGAGGCCCGCCUGACGCCCCCACGCUGCUGAAGGAACCUGCAGAGGGUCAAGAUGCCGCCUCCUUCCAGAGGAAGUGGGGAAGCGUUUACGCCAAGAGCUCGGCUCAAGGGGGGCUGGCCCAGUGAUGCGGUUGGGACGAUAAUGUGUGUAAGCUGCUGUACAUAGAGAAAUACAGAGAGCCGCGAAAUGCUCAGA